CUGCCCUUUGCCCCCUGGCCCAUGUGGAAAUGGACUUUGGAAGUGACAACAGGGAGCAGAGGAAGGGCCCCGGCAGCCUCUGAGCAGACCACUAAAGCCAUUUGGGGCUGGAGCUCCCCUAAACCAGAGAGGAUUUGGCUGACAAGCUGCUGAUGGAGCCCUGGGCCCCUGCCCAGCCGCCCCAGCCCCGGGAGAGGCCGGCAGCCCGGGGCUCAUGGGCAGAGGGGCUCCCCGGACCCCCGGCCCCGCUGCGGCGGCACCUCCUGCAGGCAGGGCAGGCUCCAAGGCCUGGCUCCUGGCAUGGCAGGCACGGCCCUGGUCACCCCUGGGAUGAGGGCUACCACCCCCGUGGUGACACCCGCCGGCCGGCUUCCCGCGCUGAUGGCAGCUACCCCAGCCAGCCCCAUGCCAGGCAGGGCUAUGAAGACCCCCACUGGCAGUAUCCUGCAGCUGGCAGCAGGGAUGGCUACCCCUACCAAAGCCACCAGUGGCAGCCAGUGGCAUGGCAGGAUGACAGAGACCUGAGGCAGGGAGAGUCAUAUGGCAAGAGUUACCGGGACCAGCACUACUACAGGGGCUACCACCCCAACCUGGCCACGGGCCCCCCAGGGCAGAACAGGACGCAGACCUACAGCUCCUAUGAGGAGAGCUACGCCUCGACUGCCAGGAGGGAAGGGACAGGGGAAGGAGCCAUCAGCAGUGAUUCAGGGGAGGCUGGUGGCUGGUCCAAAGAGCCCUCGGGCCAGCCCAGCCUGCUCCUGCAGUACCAAGAGUCAGGCCUCAGCUCCAGCAGCCAUGAGCUCAGCCAGUACAUCCGUGACAGUGCUGAUGACUACAACCCUGGAAUGGGGUCCUGGAAUGUGGGACAAGGGGAGCCCUCGGUGUCCACCCCGACCCCAGCAGUCCCCCUCAAGUUCCCACAGCUGCACACAGCACUGUGCUUUGGAGCUGGGGGUCACCUGGUGCUGGUGUGUCCCCACCACUCUGCUGAGGGACAGCUGCCCCGUGUCGAGCUGCACAGCCUGGAGGCAGUCCUUCAUGGCACAGAAGAGCUGGAGGAGCUGCAAGCCUUCCCUGGGCCCCUGGCCAGGGAAGAUCUGCACAAGGUGGAUGUGAUGAACUUUUGCCAGCAGAAGAUAAGCACAGGCUGUGAUCUCUCAACACAGAGGGGCAGAGAUUCCGCCCUCCUCUGGAAACUCCUGGUCCUCCUCUGCCGGCAGAAUGGGUCCAUGGUGGGCUCGGACACGGCAGAGCUGCUGAUGCAGGACUGCAGGCGCCAGGACAGGUACAAGAGGCAGGAGCCUGCAGCCAACCUGCUGGGCCCGGCCGACGAGGAGUGGGCGUCGCGGCAGGCGGGCGCGCUGGACCUCAUCACCGGGGAGCUCCCUCCCGUCGUGGAGACACAGGAACAGAUCGUGGAGAAGUUCACCAAGCUCCUCUACUAUGGCAGGAAGAAAGAGGCUCUGGUCUGGGCCAUGAGAAACCAGCUGUGGGGCCACGCCCUGUUCCUCUCUAGCAAGAUGGACCCUCGGACGUACAGCUGGGUCCUCGCUGGGUUCACCAGCACACUGGCCACCAACGACCCACUGCAGACCCUCUUCCAGCUGAUGUCAGGAAGGAUCCCUCAGGCAGCUCUGGUCUGUGAGCAAGAGCCUGGCCCUGGCUGUCACCUGCCUGUGACACCCACCUUUUUGGUGACCAUCUCUGCUCUCCUCCUCUCCCUCCAGUGCUGCGGGGAUGCCACGUGGGGUGACUGGAGGCCCCACCUGGCUGUGAUGCUGUCCAACAAGGUUGGAGACACAGAGCUGAACCACCGAGCCAUUGUCACCAUGGGAGACACUUUGGCCAGCAAGGGAGCAGUGGAAGCAGCUCAUUUCUGCUACCUGAUGGCAGAUGUUCCCUUUGGUUACUUCGGGGCAAAGGCAGAUCGCAUGGCCCUGCUGGGCAGCAGCCACCGCCAGGCGUUCUCCCAGUUCGCCAGGACAGAGGCCAUCCAAAGGAUGGAAACCUUCGAGUACUGCCGGCAGCUGCGACAGCCCGACUCCUUCCUGCUCCCUUUCCAGGUGUACAAGCUGCUCUACGCCUCCCGCCUGGCUGACCACGGGCUGCCAGCCCAGGCCCUGCAGUAUUGUGAGCUCGUGGCCACCGCGCUCCUGCGCCACGACCCCGCUGCGCACCCCGUCCUGGCCCGGCAAGUGGUGAGGCUUGCUGAGAGGCUGAAGCUCUGUGACCCUCUGCUCCUGGAGAUGCCAGAGCAGGAGCAGGCACUGGAGCCUGACUGGCUGGAGCAGCUCCGAGCCUGCUGCUGGGAGUGGGAGGUGGAAGAUGAUCUUCCUCCAGAGGUGGCACCCGCUCAGCUGGAGCUGCCCUGUGCUGUUCUACCAACAGCAGAUGAAGAGCCUGGCAAUGAGAUUCCCCAGAGUGAAAGCUACCAGUAUGACCAGUGGUUUGAGCCUGUGCCAUCCCAGGUACUGAGCUCCCAGGAGGAUGUGUCCCUCAGGUCCCCAGCACCUGCUCUGGUCGUGGCAUCACCGCUGCCCAGCCUUGGGAGAGACCUGCAGCCCCCUGUGCUCAGCCAAGAGACACCCCCCCCUCUGGCAGGGGGUUGUGCUGAGCCCCCUCCACAGCCAGUUCUGCCAGCAGGAGAAGCUGAGGAGCCCUGGGGUGCCAGGCUGUCCCCUGGAGGGGUGCAGCCAGCCAUCCCCCCAGAGCAGGAGGAGUUACCAGCCAGGAUUCGGACUCUCUCGGAGACCUCCACUGUCUCCCUGGGGGACAGCCAGCCCUCCUUGGACAGCGCAGGUGAGGACAUUGCUGAGGAGCAGGCAGAGGCUGUGAAGCCAGAGGAGGACAAGAGCUCUGGAUUCAGGUGGUUUGGCUGGUUUCGGUCAAAACCCACCAAGGAAACUUCUCCCAAAGCUGAGUCUGAGACAGACUCAGACUCUCCCACAUCAGGACCACAGGAGCGGAUGUCACCAUCACUACCCAUUGCCCCUCUAGCAGCUGGGACAAACCCUUUGGCUGAGCCUCUCUCCAGAAAUCCCGGAGGAAUGCAGGGUGAAAGCACCUUUGCUGUUAGUCCAGUGUCCACAGAGGUGAAGGGCUCAUGGCAGAAGGAUGGAAGGCAGUCAGCAGGACAGCAGGCUGGCUACCCCGGGCCUCUCCCACCAUUGGCUUCAAUUCCUCUCUUCAACCCUGCCCAGGUCGCUCAGCUUCCUGCCCGACCCAUCCAACCCAGGCUGCUUUCCCAGCAUCGCUACCCCAACCCACUGUGAGGUGGUGGUGGGGGGGACGGCAGAGACUAAUUACACAGUUUUUUUAACCAAAA